AUGAGCCUGGUGCUGGAGGCGCUGCUGGCCCCUCCGGGGGGGCUCCGCAAGGAGCCCGCCCGCUCCGCGCCGCGCUCCGCCGCCGCCUCCUUCUCCUCCAGCGGCUUCCACUCGUGGUCGGUACCGGGGCGCGGGGUGGGGGCGGCGCGGGGCGGCGGGGGCAGCGCCGCCGCCUCCUCGUCCGCCACCACCGAGAGCCUGGAGUCGCUGGAGGGGGAGCCGCGGGCUCGCAGCGAGAAGGAGCUGCUGCAGGCGCUCAACGAGCGCUUCGCCGGCUACAUCGAGCGGGUGCGGGCGCUGGAGCAGCGCAACCGGGCGCUGGCGGCCGAGGCGGCGGCGCUGCGGCAGCAGCAGGCGGGGCGCUCGGCCAUGGGCGAGCUGUACGCCCGGGAGCUGCGCGACAUGCGGGGCGCCCUGGUGCGCCUGGGCGCCGAGAAGGGGCAGCUGCGGCUCGAGCGGUGCCGCCUGGCCGAGGACGUGGCCGCGCUGCGGGGCCGGCUGGAGGAGGAGGCCCGGCACCGCGCCGGGCUGGAGGCGGCGGCCCGCGGGCUGGAGCAGCGCUCGGCGCGGGAGGAGCGCGCCCGGGGGCCGCUGGAGGAGCGCGCCCGGGCGCUGCGGGAGGAGGCCGAGCUGCUGCGGAGGCAGCACCGGGACGAGGUGGGCGCCCUGCUGCGGGAGGCCCCCGCCGAGCCCCCCCCCGCCGCGCUGCGCCCCGGCGUCACGGCGGCGCUCCGCGACCUGCGCGCCCAGCUGGAGGGCACGGCGGCGCGCAGCACCCUGCAGGCCGAGGAGUGGUUCCGCGUGAGGCUGGACAAGCUCUCGGAGGUGGCCAAGGUGAACACGGACGCCAUCCGCCUGGCCCAGGAGGAGAUCUCCGAGUACCGCCGCCAGCUCCAGUCCAAGACCACCGAGCUCGAGGCCCUCAAAGGGACGCAGGAGUCGCUGGAGAGGCAGAGGCAGGACUCGGAGGAGCGCCACCAUGCCGAUGUCCUGUCCUACCAGGAAACCAUCCAGCAGCUUGACAGCGAGCUGAGGAACACCAAGUGGGAGAUGGCAGCCCAGCUCCGCGAGUACCAGGAUCUGCUCAACGUCAAGAUGGCGCUGGACAUCGAAAUUGCCGCCUACAGAAAGCUCCUGGAAGGGGAGGAAUAUCGGAUCGAGUCCGGCUUCGGGAUGAUCUCCUUCCCCGAGGUGGUCCCCAAGGCUCCCGGCAUCGCCGCCAACAUCAAGGUGAAGAGUGAGGAGAAAAUCAAGGUGGUGGAGAAAUCCGAGAAGGAGACGGUGAUUGUGGAAGAGCAGACAGAGGAAAUCCAAGUGACCGAGGAGGUGACAGAGGAGGAGGAGGCUGAGAAAGAGGCUGAAGAGGAGAAAGCUGAGGAAGAAAAGGAAGAAGAGGAGAAAGCUGAAGCAGAGGGUGGAGAAGAAGCCAAGUCUCCUGCAAAGGAGGAGGCCAAAUCCCCAGCUGCAAAGUCCCCAGAGAAACUUGAGUCCCCUACAAAGGAGGAGGCCAAGUCUCCAGCUGUGAAGUCCCCAGAAAAAGUCCCAACCCCCUCAAAGGAGGAGGCCAAGUCCCCAGCAGUCAAGUCCCCAGAAAAGCCACCAACCCCCUCAAAGGAGGAGGCCAAGAGUCCAGCUGUGAAGUCCCCAGAGAAACCCACGCCCCCCAAAAAAGAGGAGGCCAAGUCCCCAACUGUCAAAUCCCCAGAAAAACCCACACCCCCCUCCAAAGAGGAGGCCAAGACCCCAACUGUGAAGUCCCCAGAGAAACCCCCAACACCCUCAAAAGCAGAAGCCAAGUCCCCGGCAGUCAAGUCCCCAGAGAAGCCACCAACGCCCUCGAAGGAGGCAGCCAAGUCCCCAGCAGUCAAGUCUCCAGAGAAACCACCAACCCCCUUAAAGGAAGAGGCCAAGAGCCCAGCCGUGAAGUCCCCCGAGAAACCUGCUACCCCCUCCAAAGAGGAGGCCAAGUCCCCAGCCGUGAAGUCCCCGGAGAAACCCACAACGCCCUCCAAAGAGGAGGCCAAGACCCCAGCCGUGAAGUCCCCGGAGAAACCCCCAACGCCCUCAAAAGAGGAGGCCAAGUCCCCAGCAGUCAAGUCUCCAGAGAAACCUGCAACCCCCUCCAAAGAGGAGGCCAAAAGCCCAGCUGUCAAAUCCCCAGAGAAACCUGCGACACCCUCCAAAGAGGAGGCCAAGUCCCCAGCAGUCAAGUCUCCAGAAAAACCCGCAACCCCCUCAAAGGAGGAGGCCAAGGCCCCAGCGGUGAAGUCCCCAGAGAAACCCCCAACCCCCUCAAAGGAGGAGGCCAAGUCCCCAGCAGUCAAGUCUCCAGAAAAACCCGCAACCCCCUCAAAGGAGGAGGCCAAGGCCCCAGCGGUGAAGUCCCCAGAGAAAGCCAAGCCUCCCAUGAAGGAGGAGGCCAAGCCUCCGCAGAAGGAGGCAGCGCCAGCCAAGGAGCCCGUCCCCUCCCCUCCCAAGGAGCCGAAAGCCCCCGCGAAGGAGGAGAAGGCUGCCUCCAAGCCCGGAGCUGAGGAGGGCAGGAAGGAGGAGGCUCCCAAGAAGGACGCCCCAGCCAAGGUGGAGGAGAAGCCCAAAGAGAAGGCGGCUGCUGGGCCAGAGCCUCCGGCCCCGCAGGUGAAGGAGACCACCAAGGCCGGCCCCAAACCCACAGAGGAAGGGAAAGCUGGGGGAAAACCUCCGCAGGAGGCCGGCAAAGCAGCCGUGAAGGAGACAGAGAAGCCGAAGGCCAAGGAGAAGGCGGAGGAACCAAAGAAAGUGGUGGAGGAACCCAAGAAGGAGAAAGUGGAGGAACCCAAAGCCAAACCCAAAGAUGAGCCCAAAGCCAGUAAGGAGCCCCCCAAGGCCGAGAAGCCCUCUAGCACAGACACCAAAGCUCUGGAGCCGGUGCCCGCUGCAGGGAAGAAGUGAGGGGAGCCCCGGCCCCGAGGCAGCACCCCUGGGUGCAGGAGCUGCUCCGCUCCCCUCCGA